UUCACGUCAAUGCUCAUGUGCUCCGACCCUCCCUGACCCCUCCUAGCAAGCAGCAGAGUCUCUCGGGUUCGAGCUCCAUCGGGCCGCCGCCGGCGGCGUCCAUGUUCGUUGGGCGGAGCACAAGGUGUGAAAUCCACCAUGAUGCUACUGAUGAGGCUCUCCUUCUCCUUUGUCCAUCGGUUAUCAGACAACCGUGUAUGAGGCGUCCACCGUCGUACACGCAUUUGAUCGUGCUAAUGCGCCUGGCUGUGGGUUGGCUUCUGUUGGGAUGCUCCAAGGUUGUUCUGCAGAUUUUUAGAACACUGAGGGCAUAUCUUGGCUUGGAAUGCUGCUGGGUCGAUGAAGGUCAGGCAACAUGGCAGGUUUUGCUUACUCGUGGCUGUAUGUUGGCUUCGUGCUGGCGGGCUAUAGUUCUCCUGUCACAAAUCAUGGAGACAUUCAUCCUCACAGAUUUCUGCUCCUGCUAUGUGAAAAGAUGCUAUCCAAGCCACAUUACCCUUACCUGACAUGCAGAUGCUAUCUAAGCAUUUGUGUUCUAACCGAGAUAAAUAACGUUUUUCAUUAAAUCAAUAAGAGCAGCACAAAGUCUAGGUCCCUGUCUCGGUGGCAGACGGAAGGAGGGGAAGGAGAGCAGAUGUUGUGGUCAUAUAUUUUGAUGUAACACAUGGCAAGUAGUGUAUGCCCAUUGAAAUAUGUCGACGAUAUGUAUACAAGUGUCAACAAAAGCACCAUUUAACCAUUAUGACAGAUGUUUCUAUGAUUGUUAGCUGACAUAGCAUUUGUUGUGAUGUUGCUGGAA